AUGUCACAUCCUACUAUCCUCCUCCUCGGAACCUUCGAUUCCAAACGCGAAGAAAUCCUCUACCUCCGCACCCAAAUCCUCGCACACUCUCAACCCAUAAUCAAAGUUCUCCUCGCAGACGUAGGACGCGAGCCCGCCUCUGAUCCUGAAAUAAGCAUUCCCCAAUCCGAAAUCCUCUCCUAUGCCCCAUCCCCCCUCGAUUACUCAAACCUUUCUCGCGGUGAAUACAUCGAGCACAUUUCCAUCUGCGCCACAAAUCUCACACGUUCUCUCUUCGAGAAAAACUCCAUCCAUGCUAUAAUCGGACUCGGUGGAUCCGGAGGAACAUCCCUCUGUGCAUCUAUCAUGCGUAACGCUCUCCCUAUCGGGUUCCCCAAACUUCUGGUAUCCACAAUGGCCAGUGGAAACACAGGACCAUAUGUCGGCGAAACAGAUAUCACAAUGAUGUAUAGCGUUGUUGACAUCGCGGGCACCAAUUCCAUUCUAAAAGGAAUUUUAGACAAUGCAGCUGGAGCGGUCUCCGGACUCGCGAAAGCAUAUCAGCUUCGAAGACAAGCAGAGGAGAACGAACCGAGGAAAAAAGGAAUAGGAUUAACCAUGUUUGGCAUCACCACACCCUGUGUAGAAAAAGUACAAGAAAUCCUCCAAAAUGAAGACAAAUUAAAAAACGAAUAUGAGAUAUACAUUUUCCACGCCACCGGUGCCGGAGGAAAAGCAAUGGAGAGAUUAAUACGCGAAAAACGCAUCGAUGCAGUUCUCGACAUUACGACGACGGAAAUCACAGAUCAUGUUUGCGGAGGUGUAUUAUCAGCGGGUCCAGAACGUCUCUCCGCCGCGGCUGAAAUGGGAAUUCCGCAAGUGAUAAGUGUGGGUGCGUGUGAGUGUGUGAAUUUUGGACCGAGGGAUUCGGUACCAGAGAAAUUUGGUGAGAGGUUGUUGGUGCAGCAUAAUCCAGAAGUUACUUUGAUGCGGACGAAUAAGAAUGAGUGUGUCGAGAUUGGCAAGUUUAUUGCUGGGAGAUUAAAGGAAAUGGCUAAGAGGAAGGAUUUGGUCAAGAUAUGUUUACCGAAGAAGGGAAUCAGUUUGUUGGCUGUGGAGGGAGGCAAGUUUUAUGAUGUUGAAGCUGAUAAGAUGCUGUUUGAAACUAUUAAGGAUGGGUUAGAUGGGACGGGAAUCGAGGUGUUGGAAAAAGAUUAUGCUAUUAAUGAUCAGGAGUUUGCAAAGUUUUUGGCAGAUCAGCUUGUGCAACUUGUUUCCAAAGCGUCUUGA